UUUCAAGCUAUAGAUCGUGGCCGCUUCCGCAACGUAUCACUAUCACGGACUGCGAAUGCUAUACUGAACUCUGUUGUGGGCUUGCGCGAAGUGUGACGUUCAGUCACUCGAGCAAACGGAGUGUUGGAUAAUCAGUGUUUUGAGUUUGUCCUGACUAUUCACCAAGCGUACCAAAAUGAUCCGGCAAAUCCUGCUGAAAAACGACAUUCUGGUAAAGCUCGUGGCUGCCAGAACCUACAGCCAACCGGCGGCACCUGCCGGUUCAAAAGGCUCGGGAUCUCCGGCAUCUCCCGCAGCACCAUCCGGAGAUGUUCCUGGGCUGAGCUCGCGGUGCGUGCAUAAGAAGGACGGUCCGGUAGGACCGGGUGCUGAGAGGAAUGGGACCUACAAAGUACCGGAGUACUUUAGCUAUGACCAAACAAGCUACUUCGAAGCUGAAAUCGAGAUGUCCAAAUUUCGUAUUCCGCAACCAUCGGCCAAGAACUGAGCAGUUCUGUCCAUUGUUGAUUGUAAAUAAGCACAGAAGCGUUCAAUAAACCGGAUAGUUGAA